CAAUCUCUGCCUGGCAACCUCCGGAAGCGGUUAGAGGCAGGACGCUGCAUGCCUUCCGACCCUGCUAGGGGUGUGAGGGACGCACCUGGAGACAGGAUGAUCUGGUCUAGCCUUCUGCGUGGCCUCAGCACGUCCCUAAGUCGUGGCCUGGCCCAAGUUCCCCAGCUCUGGGCUACCCGCUCCAUGGCUACCCUGAACCAGAUGCAUCGCCUGGGGCCCCCCAAGAAGCCACCCCAGAAACUGGGCCCCACAGAGGGCCGGCCGCAACUGAAAGGUGUGGUGCUGCGCACAUUCACACGCAAGCCCAAGAAGCCCAACUCAGCCAACCGCAAGUGCUGCCGUGUGCGCCUCAGCACCGGCCGGGAAGCUGUCUGCUUCAUUCCUGGUGAGGGCCACAACCUGCAGGAGCACCACGUGGUCCUUGUGGAGGGUGGCCGCACCCAGGACUUGCCUGGUGUCAAGCUCAAAGUUGUUCGGGGCAAGUAUGACUGUGGCCACGUGCAGAAGAAGAAAUGACCGGUGGCUACAGUGGCCCCGGCUCCCUGCAGAAAAAGAAGCUUGCCCUCCAGCUCCUGAAACCAGCUCUUCCUGCUGUUGAGGCUGUAAACCUGAGCCCUGCCUCUUCCAUCAGGACCCCCACCAGCUCAUGUGGGUUCUGGGGGUGGAUUGUGAAAACAUCCCCCGUUAGUACUCUUGGGGUCAAAGUUCACUACUGGCAGGAGGGGCCUCUUCUGCCAAGACUGCUGCUGUAGGCUAGAAAGGGGUUGUAAUAAACGCAGAUCCUGAUGACUG